AUGGCAACCACUCGGAAACGCGGACGUUCUCAAACCAGCUCACCUACUUCACUGCCACCUUGGCCUCGUGAGGAUGGAACACCAAUACCAUCUGGGCGAGUUUGGGAUAGAUCUCCACAAGAAGAAAUAGCGAGUGAUGACUGCAUUUACAGAGACAUUUCAGAGAGCUGGGAUGAGUACGAUACGUUGUUCUACAACGCUUGGCUGAAGGUUGACAUACGUCCCACUCGAUUUGCUCAGGAGAAAUGCAUGCGUGUGAUGGGAAUUCGCAAUGAUGUUAUUGCCACGCUAAAGAAGAUUGGUUUGGGCACUAUCUGCACUGAGCAACAUGACCUCUAUCCAGAGUUGACUGGCAGGGAGUCUCACUUCCAGCAGAGCAUUUGGGAUGUUAUUGCCCAUGGACGGUACGAUUCUAGGGGUUCUGCACAGACCGAUGUUCGACAUCCAGUCUUACGCUAUGUUAUCCGCCUGAUUGCCAACACCAUCUUGUGCAAAUCAGAGCCUGGAAAAAUUAGACUCGGUGAGUUUAUGCUAUUGAGCUAUGGUCUUGACGAUUUACAUGAGGAGGGAAAACCUAAGUGGAAGAGGUUAAGGCGCAUCAACUUCGGUGCCUUAUUCGCGCAUCACUUGGCUUCUUUGAAAGCCAAACCAUUUUCUACUCCUGGACCCAAGUUUGAGACUGUUGGGAGCCUCCUCACCCCUAUUUUUCAGCAUCUGAACAUCAGUUUGGCUGACACCGAGGUCAUUGGCACGAGAUCUUCCAUGGAUGAAGCACAUUUGAAGAGUGCUAAGUGGCUCAAAACAGGUCGACUUUGGUGUUUCCGCGUUGAGAUAGUGGACUACAUGGUCAGACUUCCAGAACAAUCACUCACUACCAUCACUGAGAGCAGGUCGAGCAUCAGCUUCCUUCCUGAGCCACGUUACCUCCUUACACCACCGUUAGCACGCAGUCACACAGGUUCGACUCCUCGCACUCGCGUUUCUCGCUCUGCUGCCGAUAUUCCUAGCACUUCUAGCACUGUUCCUCCUGCACUUAGCCUUCCAGCUGCUCCACCGAUCCCCAUGGAGACAGAGGUUUUUCAGAGAUAUAUGGUUGAGAGCAUCCAGAGCAUUUGGAGUAGGAUUUCUCAUUGUGGGUGUAUGCGUGAUGAUGUCGAUCCUUCUGCUUCUCACUCUGCUGCACCACCACCUGGCGAUGACGACACUACAGAGGACUAG